AUGCCCGGGGCUCUGAUGUCGACACGCGCAGCGGGGGCGUCGAAAGACGUAGCAGCGUUGGGGUCGAGGAAGGACGGGAGUAGGCCAGUCGAGGGCAUGGUGCGGUCAAUCUCCCCGUCCGCUGUUGCCGCCUUCCAACAGUGUCCCCAGCUCUUCUACUACAGGUACAUCCUGGGGUUGAAGAGCCCGCCCACACGGGAAACCCUCAAGGGCAUCGCUGUCCACGAGGUGCUAUCGCUAUUUUUCACGCUAGAGGAGGGGUCUAGAGACAUAGGUCACCUGCACGAGCUUUUCCGAAAGGUCAUGACCGGGUUAAUCGCACAGGACAAGGAGGAUCCCUCCCGCGGCUACGGCAAGCUUUUCGAGACCCAGGAGGAGGAGAAGAAGUGGGUGGUCGAGUGCCUCGACCUUGUGGCGAACUUCGUGCGGGUGGAGAGCGAUGCCAGGGACGACGGGGAAGGGGACCCGGAGCACGUGGAGCUGAGGAUGACGCACGAGUUCGGAGGAGGUGAGACGGCGGCCGGUCGACAUAUCGUGGAGGAGGAGGGGGAGGGAGGACAGGCCGGUGAUGGUGUUGCGGCAAGCAAUACGGCAUGGUCCAUGAACGUAACCGGGAUCGUGGAUCGAUUGGAUAGGUGCCCCGACGGAACGCUGCGAGUGGUGGACUACAAGACGGGGAAGAUUCCCAACCUCAAGUACUCCGAGGCGACCAACCAGAGGAUAAUGGACGAAAAGUUUUUCCAGCUGCAGAUAUACGCCCUGCUGGUGGAGCGCGUUUUGGGAGAAGCACCUGGGGAAAUGCGGCUGGUGUACCUCAAGGGACCCGCAAGCGUCACCCGCAAGAUCGAGCCUGCCGCCCUGCCCUCGGUGGAGGGCGAGCUCAGAUCCACCUGGGACGAGAUCGCCGGGUCGGUGCGGCGAGAUAGCUUCCCCCCUCGCACCAGCAGGUUGUGCGACUGGUGCAGCUUCCAGGACCGAUGCCCGGCGUUCGACCCGGCGUUAGAAGAGCGAUAACGACAGCUGCACCCUUCAACUUGUUGCUACGACAGCUGCUGAGAUGGUUGGUUGCCAACCGCUGUCUGUGGUUUUUGGAGAAAAAGCGCCGAAAGUAGGGACAGGGGCAUGGCCGGAGGGGGGCGUCACUGCAGGGCCUCGAUUUCGUGCGGUACGCAGGAUCGAUAUCUCGCGUUCGAGAAUGUUAGUGGGAAAACAAGGCCCGCGGUUGUCGAAAGAGGAGCGUGGCGCGGCGUAAGCCCCGUGAAUGGAAUUUGUGGGUCCCUGCCCCGUGUUUAACUGAAAAAGGAGAAAAAUGGUUAGGGCGCGGUCGGAAAACAACCGCCGCACCACGGGCCUUGCUUGUCCCGAUUCAUCAAUGGGCAAUACUCGCCCUCCCCCCCCCCCCUCCCCGGGCGUUUUAGGGUUAGUAUGUGCUUGUCUCAUUCGUUGAGGUUCGCUUGGCUCUUCGAAUCAAAGCACGUGAGCUGUGUUGGCUGUUGAGCUUGGGAAACGUUAUAACUG